AUGCAAGAUACCGAAUCAUAUUCUAGAAGUAUGACCAGUUGUCGCAGGAAAGGCAGAGGAGUGAAGUCAGCACGAGCCCUCAUAACUCAGGCGAGGGAGUCAGCCCCAACAAGUCAGGUGUGUCACGCUGUGAUGGCAUUAUCAGAAGGAUUGCUAAAGCUUCGGUGGAACAACCAUGAGGCGACAUUCUGUCAUAUUCUGCACAGACUCCGAACCAAGCCUCGGUAUGCAGAUGCAACAUUGGCAUGUGAAGGUCGUUUGUUCAUGGUGCACCGGUUAGUCUUAGCCACUUGCAGUGACUUCUUUGAUGAGAUUUUCCAGCAAACCCCAAGUGACAGUACACGUGCCGUCAUUGUCUUGAAUGAGGCACGGGCGCAGGAUGUAAAUGUACGUCAAGCAAAUCUGGCAUCUCUGCUCAAGACAGCUGAGUGUCUCAAGAUUAAGGGGUUAGCUGUUCCAGAAGGAACUAUCAACACAUCAAACACAAAACGCACUCAGGAUCAUGUACCCUCUCCGGAAUCUCCGCCGGCAAAGAAGAAAAAGAAAAAGAAGUGUCUAUUGACGCCUCCCUCAGCACCGGCCCCUGAACCUCCUCCCACUGUGCCCUCCACUCCCCUCACCUCUUCAGCCUGGCUUGCCCCUACACCUGCCCUCACCAGUACACACUCUCCCACACACCAGCCGACUACCCUGCCUGUCAACUCCUCCCCGCAGACACUGCCACCACCUCUGCAUGUAUCCUCGCCUGUGGCCCAGCCACUACCCCUUAAGGUGGCUGUUCCAGUGACUGACCCAGAGAAGGGCACCACCAAGACUGGCUGGCUCCAGAUUGUAUCGUCCAUGCGGCAGGGGCCUCCAGGGGAACAAGGACCACCUGACCCGGUCACACCCACUCAGCCUCGCUCGCACCAUACCAAGAAGAACAAAUGCUCACCAAAGGCCACUGCUCUGGACUCUUAUGCUGGACAGUUUCUGCAGACGGAAAUCAAGGAAGAGAUCAAAGAUGAACCAGUAACAGUGCCGCUUGGACCCGAUGACCCACUUGAGGAAGAUGAGAAUAGCUGGGAGGAUCAGGAAGGUGGUGAGGAGGCGGGUAAGGAGACCAUGUACCGCAAGGUGACUGGGCUUCACCCUCCCCCUCCUGGCCUCCAUCCUGUGGUGUCCAGCAGUGGAUUGACACAUUCGACACCUGUCUUGCCACUGGGCCUCUUUCGUGUUGGCUCCUAUGCUGUGCAAAGUGGAGGUCAAGCCUGGGAAACAACAGGGCAGCUCAGCAACUCACCUGAACCCAGUAACCAUGAGGCUUCUCCAGGUGCAAGCCAGCAAGCCAUGGACUUGGGACUAGGUCAGCUUGUUUACAAAAAAGGAUCUUCUGUGAGCCAGGCAACGAUGUCCCCCAAGCUGAUGCCAUAUGCAAUGUGCUCCAACUGUGGCACCAACAACACCAAGCUCUGGCGCCGCAACGACAAAGGUGAAAUCGUGUGCAAUGCAUGUGGCCUCUACUUCAAGCUCCAUGGGAUAAACCGGCCAAGCCACCUGUUUAGAACUGCCCCCAUGACUCGCAGAAGAAAUCCCAAGAAAAAGAAAGAGCCUGAGGGGGGAACGUCAGAACAGAUGGAACACAUUAUUAGUGAUUCGUCUCAGGAUAAGGAGCAGAUUCCUGAGACAGACCCUCAGGAUGGCCUGGCUGUGCUCAAUGCUGCUUUAACGCUCAACUCCCUCUUGGCCAAGGCUAAAGCUCACCAGUCGGCUAGAGAAGCUCUGGCAGCUCAGAGGUCCACAUCACCUCAAGUCAACAAAGGUUCAUCAGAAGCAGCAAGCGAGGCAAGGCCACCGCCCCCACCCUUGUUGAAGAUCCCAGCUCCAGUCCGUGAGCAGGCUGCCUCCCCAACAGGUGCUCCUCAGGCCACCCCAUCCCUUGAGGACAGUCCCCAGGACCCAGGGGGCACACCACAGCACGCUGUGGAUGACUCACCUGGCCACGACCAACCACCACAGGAGGAAGACCAGGGCAGGAAGUAUAUCUCACAGCUCCUGGAUAAUUGAAAUGCCUUGCAGGGAAAAGCUGCCAGUGGAAAAUAACAGCAUGGAAAUGUAACACACAGGCUUUGGUAACCCUGCACAAAUAAAAGGGGGGAUGCUGCCUAUCCCACAUCAGAAUGUGACACUCAGAAACAUUGAGGCAAGCUCAGGGGAGUCUUAAUGUAGAAAUGCAUGCUCAGUGUCUUUUUGGGUUGGACGUAGAAACUGUCAGACAAUAAGUGCCGUCAGAUGGCUCCAGUCGGCAGUGUUUAGUUGCUGUUUCUCCUUGAAGUAAAGAAUCAGCUCGUAAGUAUAAGACUAGGUUUAAUAGAUAUUGCUUUAAGUUGGGUAUUAUUUAAUCUCAUGGAAGAAUCUCACAAACAUUAUCUAAUGUGUAUAGGGUAUGUUUUUUGAAUGCUUUAAGAGUGUGUCACAGUUUUGGUGGCUGAGACAUAUCAUCAUGAAAAAUUAAUCAUCCAAAUCUGUAUAUGUGAUACUUCGUGUGUGUGUGCGUAACUUCUAAAAUUAAUUUUUUGGUAACAAGAUUUUUGUAUAAUUGAACUUCAAAAGAACAAACAAAUGCCCUUUUUAUCCCAACACAGAAGGACUGUAAUUGAGAGCAUAGUUGCAUAUUUUUUUGUAUACAUAAGCUAAUGUGCAUUGACAUUAAAAAGAGCAGAAGCAUAGACUUGCCAGAGUUUGGUGGAGGUGUGUGACUUCCUAAACUAGAUGCAGGAAGAAGUGGAGUCUUCGCUCUUAUGAUUUACAUAUUCUGCAUUAGUAAAUUUGGAAGGUUUUGUAUCUUGAUUGCAAAAAUCUUACAGGUCAACAGAGCGACCCCAUAUGGAGGAGCCACAACAGUUUUAUCUUUCUCUCUCUCAUUCAUGUAUAGCACUUGUUAAUUAUUGUUUUUUCUGUUCAUUAAGGCACCAAAAGUCCUUAUUCUCUUACCAAGUCUCCACCUGAUUCAUGGCAUAGAUUUUCAGAUCAUAUUUGCAUCAGCUUUAGGUUAUAGGACUUUAUUGCCUGCAGUGAGGCAAUGAAAAGUUUU